AUGUUACUUAUACUAAAAGUCCAAUUAAACAUUAAAACCAAUUUGUCCAAUAAAAAUACUAAAAACAAUCCCCAUUUUAGGAUAUAUUACAUCAAACCAGAACCCCUAGACAUCAAACUGCCUCAAGAACUUUUAACUCUCUCAAUCAAAAAGCACAAGCCCCCCAAAAUGACCCUCCAAGAUAGAGGCUCUUUGAAAUUGUAUAGAGAACUAGAUCCUCAAAGCGACGUGGAAACCUGGCAGCAGUGCCCUAAAUGUCCAAAGCAGUAUUUGUCCAAAAAGCUUUUCGAGCUACACAAGUAUUUCCACAAAAUCCAAUGUCAGGAAGCCCUUAUGAAGGUUGAUUCAAUAAAAAACGAAUUCAUUUGCACCUUUUGCGAAGUCCAAUGCGACUCAAUGAAUGUAUUAGAAUCACAUUUAUUAACCCACGAGGAAGUUUGUAAAGCUUGCGAAGAAACAUUUCCAAAUGCUUUCGUUUUGGGAGUUCAUUUGGCUGAACAUGACAUUGAAGAACGCAUGUGUUGCCCUUUUUGUGACUACAAAGGAAUUCAAACUCAUUGUCUCAGAACUCACUUAUUAACCAAACAUUUCAAAUUGAAAAUCUUCAGAUGCGAGGAGUGCGGUGCCACUUACAGUGCCAAAACCCACUUUGAAGAACACGUAAGGUACUACCACGACAAAAUGGAUCCUUAUGCUUGUAUAGUUUGUCAAAGGACUUUUAUAUUUGCCAGCAGCCUCAAAAAACAUCAAGUGAACAAUCACAGGCCUUUAAUCGAUGGCGAUGUACCUUCAAACUAUUGCAUCAUAUGUAAAAGAACUUUAAGUACAGUAGAAGCAUUGAAAAAACAUGUUGAAGAUAAACAUCUAGCCCAAAAACCACCGAAAAACUUAGAAAGAUUCGUCUGCGACAUUUGCGGCAAAGAUUUUUCGCACAGGCAAUCGUGGCUGUUGCACACCAAAGGCCACAGCGGGCUCAAGCCUUACAAGUGCAACUUGUGCCCGAAAACCUUCAGAUGCAGGGCAUUUUUGACUCAGCACGAAAAAAUCCAUUCGGACGAGAAACCGUUUUCGUGCGAAAUUUGCGGCACCUGUUUUAAAAGGAAAGAGGGUUUGAGACGGCACUUGAUUUGCCACACCGAUGUUAAACCUUUUGAGUGCCACAAUUGCGAGAAGACGUUUAGGAGGCGGGAGCAUUUAAGACUGCAUCUUAAUAGUUGUAAUAGGAAUAUGGCUGGUGUGAAUUAG